AUGCCAGCUCGACAACAUCCAUCCUCUUCUGAGGCCCCUUUGUCGUCUAGUCCGACAUCGCCUACUCCUAGAUCUUCUCUACGCCGUCUGAGCUCUCUUGCUAAUCUCCAACAAUUCAAUCCUUUCAACUCCUUCAGUCGCAGACGAUCGAGUCAUGGCACUCAAAACUCUGACGAUGACCCUUAUCUUCUCAAUACAUAUCAACAAAGGGCGCAGAACCAGCAGCAUCGUCAAACCUACCUGUCAUCAUCCGGAGAACCGGUGCCUACUUUACCCAAGAGUAACACUUUUAGCAAUCUGCCCUUGACCCGAAACCGCAACCACUCCAAGCCACCUGUAUCUAUGAAGCCGCUGGGAUCGGCAAAGCUGCCAUCACGUAUUCCGACCCCUUCCAUGAGUGCUAGCGCGAAGACGAGAUUGGCGAGCGCAACCAAAAGUAUUCUAAAAGUCGGCAAUCGACGUGGUCUCACUCGAUCAGACACUGAACCGUUGUUGGACCCUCACCGCCCGCAGGAAGUUCCAUUCUCUGCCAUUUCACACAAGGAGAACGUGUCACUAGGUGUCAGCACUUCGGAGACGAAGAUGAUGCCUAUACAGCUGCCAGAAGUUCCGUUGUACCCACUCGAUAUGACUACCCGGUCUUUCAAUCCGACGAGAAGACCGCAGACCCCCGCUGAUCAAACACCCAAGCCUCGACCAAGGAGAGAUUCAUUGCAACCACCCACACCUCGACCCCUUGCAACAACGGCCCUAAGCGAAUCCUUACAAACUCCGACUACAGUGACCGCGAAGCCAAGAAGACGCACAAUGCUCUCUGCAGACGUCGUUCCUCGCCACGCUCUUUGCGACAAGGAAAAGCAGCGUUCCCUGUUCGGCUCUGAUUUCCAAUCUCAUCAACUCCUCACACCCCGAGCCGUAACUACACUCUCACCCUCGUCCUGUCCACGGUCUUCGGCUAUGGCCUUCCACCCUGACGACUCUGCCAACAGAAUUAAUCUCGCAGGUGACAUUGUCACAUCAGCUCAGUCCACCGCAUACUGGAGCGGUCGAUUAAUGUCCCAGUUCGAUCAACGCCGCAACGAGCAACUCCAGGCACGUUUGGGAGAACCCGGUUUGACAUAUCCAGAGAAUGACCUCAAUGUGUGCUUGAGAGAGCUACAAAAGAAGUGCGUGACAGAAGCUGCGAAGCUGAGCUUUGCAAUGUUCAAGGCCAGAGUGCGUGUCAAAGCAGGGACCUUGGGAACAACCAAAAGUUCAGUGGAGACACAACAGGUGAAGCCUACUCCACAAGCACAGCAAGAUGAGCCAUCAAGAUUACUACCUCGACCCACAUUCCACUGCCUCAACAUCAUUAACCUCCAAUCCCUCAUGGCUAAAUCCCAAGCCCAAAUGAUCCGUAAAAUCCUUCAAAAACACCGCCGUCUCUACUCUAAUCGCUAUGACCCCAGCGUAAUCGCUUGCCGCAAUCGACACGGAUGGCGUUGCUGGAUAAACUACAACAAUGGAAAAGUAGACGACUACAUCUCUUGA